UCUGGAUUUACCAUCCGCGGUCAUAACCUUUUGCUUCUAUCCCGCACAUAGGACCCUGUCUUGAGCCGCUUCAUUGACCUUCCUUUACCCCUCUCGACCCCUCUUCCGUAGUCAUACAUAUCGCCAACCGACUCCUGCCCUUCCUACUGCUCAUAUCCUUCGUUACACAACGAUAGCCGAAGCUUCUGUCUCGCCUUAAGGCGGUCCAGGGGAAAGAGAACAGGUGGAAGACACUUGUUCGCACGCAAUGGGGGACGACCUCCCGGAAUCGUCGCGACCCCGGGCGGUUCCUUCGUCCUCAAGGGACUCCGGCCGCAGCUCGCCCGUCGCAGAGAGCUCCCAGCGCGCAACAUCGACCGCACGGCUGGGCUCCCCGGUACCUUCAUUCCCAGGAGGAUCGCCGGCGAUACGUCAGGUACCUACACCAGCGCAGCUUGGGACGAACGAGCCAUCACAGGCGCAGACACCGCUGGCUGGGCUUGGAGGUCCGCAGUCAUCGCUGCAAGGCCCUGGAGAAUCGGCAUUGUCUUCGGCGUUGCGCGAGUCUUUUGGCAGGAGCAGCCCUCCCCGAUUUGGGACACCACCCAUACGUCCUCUGUCCCCCUCGGUGGCACCAUCGUCUGUUCGGGGCCCACCAAGCAACUAUGGUUCCUUCGAUGGCCGCGGUCGAUCCCCCGCCCCCUACGAAGACCCUGAGAUUAUCCGUCGACAUCUGGCAGGCCCCCAGAAACCCUCCUCCUCCACGAACCUCUCCGGGCAGUAUGGCUCACCGAACAGAAUGCACGGUGCAGCUGGUGGAGAGGAAGAGUCACGGGGUGGGCCGGGGUCAUCCGACUCUGACGAAGAGUUCUCGAGUCUGCGGCUGCAAGGCGGAGAUAUCACCCGCCAAAUCUAUCGCUGGACAGAGCAGCAAGAAGCAGAGGAGCGCCAGAAAGCGAAGCGGAGCCGAAGUUUCCAUUCAUCUCGACCAAAACCCGAAGAUCAUACGCUGAAUAUCGAAUCCAUAAAGCAGCCGGGAGGCUUCCGACGAAACUUUCUGCGCCGGGCUGCUGGAAGUCCAUCUCCUUCCCCUGGCCCAUCCAACUAUGGAACUCUUGGUGCAAGUUCUUCCAGGCAACCCCCUCCGGUCUUCACCAGCAAUUUCCUCGAAUUCCUAAGUCUCUAUGGCCACUUUGCCGGUGAAUCACUCGAAGAAGACGAUGAGGUGUUGGAACCAGAUGAAUACUUCUCAUCGGAAGCGUAUGACUCUGGAGAACAUACCGAAGAAGAGGGUCGCGAGUAUGGUGAAUCUAGUGCCUUGCUGACACCGGGCAAGAAACGUAGGCGGCGAAAGGACUUAAAGCAUGGCAAGGGCAGCCCUACUGGUGCCGCUCUACUGCUACUAAAGUCGUUCGUUGGUACCGGUGUGCUGUUCCUCCCUCGGGCCUUUCUUAAUGGCGGCAUGCUCUUUUCGAACCUCGUCCUCCUUGGCGUCGCCGGGUUGUCCUAUUAUUGCUUCGUUCUCCUCGUAACCACUCGUCUCAAAGUUGAACAUUCGUUUGGCGACAUGGGCUUCCAUCUCUACGGGAACUGGAUGCGCAAUCUGAUCAACUUUUCCCUCGUCAUCUCCCAAAUAGGAUUCUCCUCAGCAUACAUUGUCUUCGUAUCGGAAAACCUGCAAGCAUUCAUUCAGGCCGUGUCGGACUGUAGAACGCACAUUGACAUAAAGUACAUGAUCCUGAUGCAGAUGAUUAUUUUCCUCCCGCUUUCACUAUACCGUAAUAUCAACAAUAUUCAGAAACUCGCCCUUGUCGCCGACGUAUUCAUCCUUCUUGGGCUUGUCUAUCUGUAUUACUACGACAUUCUCACCAUCGUCGGCCAGGGUGGUGUCGCAGACAUCGUCAGAUUCAACUAUAGCGACUGGACGUUGUUCAUCGGCACCGCCAUAUUCACAUUUGAAGGCAUCGGCCUAAUCAUCCCGAUCCAAACCGGAAUGCAAAACCCGAAGAAAUUCCCCGGCGUGCUAGCAGGUGUGAUGGUCAUCAUCACGGUCGUCUUCAUCAGCAUGGGAGCGCUCUCCUACGCUGCCUACGGCUCUAAGACCAAAACCGUCGUCAUCUUAAACAUGCCGCAAGACAACAAGUUCGUCAACGGCGUGCAGUUCAUCUACUCCCUUGCGAUCUUGCUCUCCACACCUCUGCAAAUAUACCCCGCGAUCGAAAUCACUAGUCAGCAGCUGUUCAGCAGGACAGGGAAGUACAAUCCAUAUAUCAAGUGGAAGAAGAACUUCUUCCGCUUUUUUAUGGUCAUGGUUUGUGCCAUGUUGGCGUGGGUUGGCGCGAACGAUCUGGAUAAAUUUGUCAGUCUGGUCGGCAGCUUUGCUUGUAUACCGCUCGUGUAUAUAUAUCCCCCAAUGUUACACUAUAAAGCCAUCGCUCGCAGCUCCGUUUCACGCGCCUCCGAUGUACUACUCUGCAUCCUCGGGUUUGUCGGCAUGGCAUAUACAACUGUGCUUACUGUAUCCAGCUGGGUUAGUGGCCCUGCUGCCAAAGCCCCUGGGUAUUGUGAUAGUAGGUGAAUUAGAUGACUGCGAUAUUACUCUGUCUAGAUACAUCGCUGCCAUUUUGAGUAUUUUCCUUGAUGGUUUAUAUGCAUUUGAGCAAAGUGCUUGUUACAUAGCAUGGGUAGGUUGCAUGGACUUUGGUAAUUGAUUCUCUUAGAGCUGCUUCUCCGUGCGUGUAUGAAUUGUACUAUACCUCGGUAUGGUCGGUUGGGAAGAAUGUGUGAAGCAUUUCGAUGAGGGUGGCUCUUGUGAGGAACGAAGGUUAGCGUAGAUCUGUUGGGCAAGUAGAAUGGAAAGUAGAAGGGCUCACACCCGAUUGAAAAGAAUAUGAUCAAGGACAUAAACUGUCCAGGCUAUUUCUCCUCAGCCUGCCCUUUAUCUAGUAAAAAUUUUAUGCAUUAGGCUGAACAUGUAGUGGGGGGAAGUGGAGAAGGGGCCGAAAGAGGGGCUACAGUGGUAAAAUGAUUGAGA